CUGCCUCUUCCAUGCAGAGCAGAUCUCUCUCUCGUUUCCUUCGUCCGUACGUUGGAGGGAUCUCUCUCUAAUACAAGAGAGACAGCCACCCAAAAUCCCCAAACUACCCCUCGAUGCCGCACGAAAUCCGUUCCCCCUCCACCUCCUCCGCCACCCACGACGAAUACGACGCCGGCGACAUCUUCCCCGACCACGUCCCGCCGGAUGAGGCGACCGUUGCCGCCGAUCGUCGCCAGACCCGAAAGCGCGCCGUCAUCAUCGUCGUCUCCUUCGUCGUGCUCGUCGCCGCCGUCGCCCUCAUCGCCUUCUCCGGCAUGUUCCGCCCAGGCUCCGGACAGUUGGAUAGUGGCCAGAACGACAACCCCAACGGCCGCGAUGCAGCGCUUGUACGGUCCAAGAUCCAGGCCCUCUGCGCCGUCACCGAUUUCCAAGACCUAUGCGUCUCGAGCAUCGUUGAGACGUCCGGCCUCCAAACCGUGAAUCUCAAAAAGCUCAUCUUAUGCUCCACGAAAGUGGCGAUCGCAGCCGUCCAAAAGGCCUGCGAGUAUUCCGCGGGUAUAAGCAACAACCGCUUGGAUUCGAGGACGGCAUCGUCUUUCCGCGACUGCGACGAGCUGCUAACGUACGCGCGGGAUGAGCUCAACGCAUCUUACGUCGAUAUCGACAACAUGCAUCUGAUAUCCCUUCCGUUCAAGAUGCCAGGCAUCUUAUCGUCACUAAGCGCCGCGAUCGCCUUCCAGCAGACGUGUACGGACGGAUUGCCAGGCGGGAGGGGCGAUUUGACGGUCACGAUGAGAGCGUUGCUGAAGAACGCGACGGAGGCGACGAGGAAUAAUCUCGCGAUCGUAUCCGGGUACCCGUCCCAGCAGGAGGAGGCGACACGUGUCAGGAGUCUUCUAGAUGCGAUCGAGGGCGAGGCGGUUUGGUACGUGGCCAAGGGGAAGCCUGAUGCUGUGGUGGCACAGGACGGGUCGGGGGAUUAUCAGACGAUCGGAGAUGCGUUGAAGGCGGCGUUGAAGGAGAGGAAUGGCAGGUUCGUAAUUUACGUGAAGGAGGGGGUUUAUAAGGAGAAUGUGAGGGUGACGAGGGAGAUGAGGUACGUGACCAUGUAUGGUGAUGGUGCGGAUCGGACGGUCGUGAUUGGAAGCAAGGGGUUCGCCGAUGGGGUUUCCGUGUAUGGAUCGGCGACGUUCGCUGUAUCUGGAGCAGCAUUCAUGGCAAGAGACAUGGGCUUCAAGAACACUGCUGGGCCUGAAAAGGCCCAGGCCGUCGCACUCCGCGUCGAAUCCGAUCUGUCCGUCAUCUACAACUGCACCAUCGACAGCUACCAGAGCACCCUCUUCGCGCACGCCCACCGUCAAUUCUACCGUGAUUGCAUCAUCACGGGCACGAUCGACAUCAUCAACGGCGACGCUGCGGCCAUCUUCCAGAACUGCGAGAUCGUAGUAAAGAAGCCGUUACCGGGCCAACCAAACACCGUUGCGGCCCACACCCGCAUCGACGAACACGAACCCACUGGAAUUGUAGCACAGAACUGUACGAUCUCGCCUGCGGCUGAUCUCUUUCCAGUCAAGGGUCUGAUACAAUCGUACCUAGGCCGGCCGGUAAAAGAGUUCUCGUUGACAGUAAUCAUGCAAUCGAAGAUAGAUGAUGUGAUCCGGCCCGAAGGGUGGGCCCCGUCGAUAGGCAAUGUGGACCCGAAUAGCACAGCCACAGCUUUUCUAGGGGAAUUCCGGAACAGUGGGCCCGGAGCCGAUCUCGACCGCAGGGUCUCGUGGCCUGCUUACCACGUGCUGCUUGAUGUGGCGGAUGUGUCGAGAUUCACCGUUGAGGAAUUCAUCAUGGGACCUUGGUGGUUGAAGAUGACUGGAGUGCCAUUCUAUACCGGCGUUAAUUAAUUGAUUUUUUUAUUAUUAUUGAUUAAUUAUUUUUAGAAUUUUGCCUCCUUUUUCUGGUAGCGAGGAAGUUCAUGCAACAUCCAAGAAGGGUUGUAGGUGGGCCCCAUCGUGUAAGUCUUCAAGGAAAAUCAAGACGUCAGAUGUUGCUAAUCUUGCUUGCCAGUGUUGGCAGGAUUCCAUUUUUUAAGGGGAUUUUGAUUGAGUAUGGCCUUGUGGUA